GUUAAUUCGGCCUCGAUUAAUCAAACAUCAAAAGCUUAGUUUAGUGAAAGUUGUAACUUUUAAUCUAACUUUUAAUCUCGUUUAAGUCGCUCGGGUCCUUGGUAGCCAAAGGGCAGCAUGGUUAAAUUGACAAAACAAUUAAAAAAAUAAAACUUUAAUUUACUCUGAACUGCCGUGUGGAUUUUGGAGUUGCAGAUUACAGGCCUGGGGUCAUCCGAUUCUGAUAUUUAUUCGUUCCGCUCACGUUGUUCGGUGUCCCGAAGUGAAGGGCGGUUUAACCGGCAGAUUUUCAUACCAACUACUGUGUUAGGCUCCCGCACACGGAACCUACGAGGCUAGCUCCCGGGCAGCCGAGCCAGGCAACGGGUGGCGAGGACGGCCGCGGUGUGACACGAAGCCGGCGGUCAGAGCGAAGCGGCACGGACGUCGGUGCUGAGGAAGCGCUGGCCUACAGGCUGUUUGUUUUUAACGGCCGCUUUAGCGACAUAAACAACAACAACAACAGCAGCAGCAGUCCGGUGGCGCUAAUUAGCUGUUAGCCGCAGAGCUAACGCAGUUCACACAGGCUCUGAGAGCGGGACGCCCGAUGCUGCUGACAGACACCACCAUGGCCGGAGACGACCACUACCUAAACCCUUCCAACCAGGUUUUCGAUAACUUCAUAAUGGACCCGACGUGGGAGUUUCCACAUUUCUCUGCGAUAUCUCAGACGGCGUCUCUGCGGACAGUGGACGGACCCUUCCUGCAGAUCGUGGAGCAGCCUAAACAGCGUGGCUUCAGGUUCAGGUACGGCUGUGAAGGGCCGUCUCACGGAGGUCUGCCAGGAGCCACCAGCGAGAAGAACAGGAAGACCUACCCCACUGUGAAGAUCUGUAACUAUCAGGGUCAGGCUCGGGUGGUGGUCCAGCUGGUGACGGCGCUGAGCAACCACCCCCACCUGCACGCUCACAGCCUGGUGGGGAAACAGUGCGAUAAAGGAAUCUGCAUCGCUGACCUGCAGUCCAAGGACUCCACCAUCAGCUUCCCAAACCUGGGUAUCCUCCAUGUGACCAAGAAGAACGUGGCAAAGACCCUGGAGGAGCGGAUGGUCGAGGCCUUCAGGCUGGGAUACAACUGCGGGGUCUCCAUCCACCCUGAGAUCGACGCCAUCCAGGGGGAGGUCCGAGUCCCCCGGGAACUCACCGAGCAUCAGCUCAGUGUGAUCAGAAAUGCUGCUGCUACUCAGGCCAAAGAGAUGGACCUCAGCGUGGUUCGGCUCAUGUUCACAGCGUUCCUCCCCGACAGCGACGGCGGUUUCUCCAGACGACUCGAGCCCGUGGUGUCGGAGCCGAUCUACGACAGCAAGGCUCCAAACGCCUCCAACCUGAAGAUCGUGAGGAUGGAUCGGACCGCCGGCUGUGUGACCGGAGGAGAGGAGGUGUACCUGCUCUGUGACAAAGUCCAGAAAGACGACAUCCAGGUCCGGUUCUACGAGGAGGACGACUCGGGUCUGACCUGGGAGGCUCUGGGAGACUUCUCCCCCACAGACGUCCACAGACAGUUCGCCAUCGUCUUUAAGACGCCAAAGUAUCGAGACCAGAACCUGCAGAAACCGACGUCUGUGUUCGUCCAGCUGAAGAGAAAGUCUGACAACGAGACCAGCGAGCCUAAGCCCUUCACCUACCACCCCCAGAUCAUAGACAAAGAGGAGGUGCAGAGGAAGAGGCAGAAGACUUUACCCAACUUCCAGGAUUUCAGUGGUCACGGAGGAGGAGGCCUGUACAGAGGAGGAGGAGGAGGAGGAGGAGGAGGUCCAGCUGCAGGAGGAGGACCUGGAUCUGCAGGAUACUACCAGGGCUUCACUACCUACAACUAUGGAGGAGGAGGGGGUGGAGGAGGAGGAGGAUUCCCCACAGGAUACUCAGCUGGUCUGGGGGGAGGAGGAGGAGGAGGAGGAGGGAUCAAACACGCCUCUCAGGGCAGCGCCGCAGACGACGACGGCGACUCAGACGAUGACUCGCCAUCAGCGGCCGCGCUGCUGGUUUCAGCCCGGCCUGAGGGCGCGGAGGUCGGGCAGAGGAGCGAGGACGGAGGGGUGGAGCCAGAAACACAGAGAGAGUGCGAUGCCAAGGAGCAGCUGGUUCAGGUGACCAACCUACAGUUGCAGGCGCUCUUUCAGUACUCGGUUACAGGAGAUUCGGCGUACCUGCUGGCACCACAGCGCUCCCUAAUGGCCGCGCAGGACGUGGAUGGUGACACUGGGCUUCAUCUGGCUGUUCUCCACAGCCAGCGGGAGGCGCUGAAGAGUCUAACGCAGGUGGUGUCUGCUCUUCCCGGAGAGGAGGUGCUCAACAUGAGGAACCACCUGUACCAGACUCCUUUGCACCUGGCUGUCAUCACUCAGCAGAAGGAGGCGGUGGCAGCGCUGCUGUCGGCCGGUGCCGACCCAACUUUGACGGAUCGUCACGGCAACACAGUGCUGCACCUGGCAGCUCAGCAGGAAGGAGGGAUGGUACAAUUUUUACUGCUUCACAGAGAGCUGAGAGAGCUGCUGGACCAGACCAACACAGCAGGUCUGUGUGCGAUCCACCUGGCAGUUCUGGCCAACCAGCUGUCUUCUCUCAGGGAGCUGCUGGAGGGUGGGGCCAACGUGGAGGCCCAGGAACGCAGCUGUGGACGGACGGCCCUCCAUCUCACCACCGAAACGGACAACGUAUCGCUGGCCGGCUGCCUGCUGCUGGAGGGAAACGCCAACGUGGACUGCUGCACCUUCAACGGCUCCACACCCCUCCACAUCGCUGCAGGGCGGGGCUCCGUCAAGCUAACGGCUCUCCUGAUGGCUGCAGGUGCGGACCCUCAGAAGGAGAACUUUGAGCCACUGUUCUUCAGGGAGGAGGAAGAGGAGGAGGAGUGCUGUGAAAAAGAGAGCAAGGAUGAGGAAGAGGAUGAAGGGUACAUCCCAGGAACAACUCCCAUCAACAUGGCUGCCACCACUCAGGUGUUGGAUCUUCUGAAUGGUAAAGAAUAUGAACCAAAGGCACCUCAGAGGACCUUCGUCCCUCCUCAAGGUGACCUGGCGAGCCUGGACGUGGAGGUGAAGCGGGCGCUGUGUGACGCUCUGGAGAGUGAAGGAUGCUGGGAGAAUCUGGCUCACAGUCUGGGUCUCGGGAUCCUCAACACGGCCUUCAGACUGAGCUCCUCCCCUGCCAAAACCCUGCUGGACAGCUACGAGGUCUCCGGGGGAACGAUUAGGGAGCUGCUGGCUGCUCUGAGGUCAGUCGGAGACUGCAGAGCACUGAGCAUCCUGGAGGAGGCGCUGCAUCACGAGGACGCUCCAGCCACCAACGAGAUGAGUGGUGAGCUUCUGUGCGCUCAGGUCCAGGAUCUGAAGGUGGACGCUCGAAUGGACAGCGGGGUCUGCGACAGCGGGGUGGAGCUUUCCACGGCGUAAUGAUCCGAUUGGUCCGUCUCAGACCAAGUCCACCCGUCGUCCCUCCUCUGGACUGAGUGUGACGCUCGUCUUCGUGAUGGCUUCAGGGCUGAAAGUUUCUCUUUAAACUUUUUUUAACCAAUUUGUAAAAAACAAAAACGUGAUUUUUAAGGCGUGAAAAGUUGAACUGAUAGAAAACGCAAAGAUUUUACUUUGUUUUUGUCUGUUUUUCGGCCACAACACUCCAACAAAGACAAGAAGCAGCUUCUGUUCCCACAGAGCGAGUAAAGGAAAAACCCACCAAAAAUCUCCCCUUUGGUCGGCUGCCUUCUCCUCCUCAGUCGCUCUCUGUGCGCUCGAUGGUAAAGUUGUGGAUUUGCGGGUUUUUCUGUCCAUUUUAACUGCUGAAUGCUUCGCUCGGUUUGUUCUUCUGCAGCCGUCUGCAGAGAAAAGGUGCUAUGAAAAAUGAAAUGAUUGUAAAGGAUCAGAUACUCUGUAAUCUGGUGUUAGUCUGAGGGCAGAAAUGCACCACCUCAGAUUAAAGUUGCAUAAUUAGGAGGAAAAACUCUGAAAAUGUGACGAUGAGCUGCAGAGUUCAGUGAAAGGUUUGAAUCGAGCUGCGACAGCAUGAUUCAGUCAGUCUCAGAGGUCAGUGAGGUUUCUGUUGGUUUAAAAUGACUGGUACAGGUCAUCCUAAUAAAGUGGUCACUGUGACAGCAGGAACACACCAACGGCUCUUCAUGGACAGAUAGGAGUGUUUUAUUCAGACGCUGCAGAUGUCUGAAACUCUGAGCGCUUUUUAAGUAUUAUUUUUACAUUUUUAAUGAUGAUGCUCACAAAAAUGAAAGGAACCCUUUUUAAUCAUCAGGUUAAAUUUCUGGGAUACUGAUGUGGACAGCUAAGCGGCAGAGGGGGUGUCAAUCGCUUUCAGCUGCCAUCAGGUGUCAGGAUGAAGUCCUUGGACCUGUCAGACCCUACGCUGGUGGGUCCUGGGUUCCUCCUGGUUCUUCAUGUGGUGAGAGUAUGCAGGCAGUUCCUGGAGGAUGAAGGAACUGAUACCACUGACUGGCCCCCACGCUGGCCUGACCUAAAUCCAACAGAACACCUCUGAAACAUUACAUUUGGGUCCAUCUGACACCACCAGGCUGCUGUCCAGGAGUUCAGUGACGCCCUGCUCCAGAUCUGGGAGGAGAUCCUCCAGGACUCCAUCCAUCGUCUCAUUAGGAGCAUCCACGUUUCCAGACAUGCAUACAAGCAUGUGGGGGCCACACAAACUACUGGGGCCCAUUUAGAGUUGCUGCAGUGAAAUUUCAGCUACAUGUUCCAGCUGCUGCAUCACUUUCACUCUGUAGGUUCUUCAUUUCCAUCAGGUGAUGUGGCAUCCCUUUGUUCCUCACACACCACCCAGUCCACAUCCUGCAGGAGUUUUUCCCACUGAGAUCUGAUGUUCUCAAAGUGUUCCUUUGAUUUUCGUGAGCAGUUUCUUCUUACGAUCCAUCAUGAACUGAAUCUGAUUUUUAAUGUUUUUUUCCUCCCCCCUCUGGCAUGAGGGGACACUCAGAGAAACAAAAUGCAUUGUGGGAAAGCUAGUCCAGAGCUGUGGAGAUGUGCUGUUCCUGUUUCUGUAAUCAGCAUAUAUUUAUGUUCCCACCCUGCACUGUACAGUUUAACAAGAGCUUUUAACCUUUUUUAAAUGUUUUUUAAAUAAAUAUUUGAAGCGUGUG